CCUCCACACACGCACACACACACACACUCUCACACACACACUGCUUCCACUUUCUCCACACACUCUCGCCGAGCUGCGCGCCUCUCCAUCCCCGGCUGUGCGCACUCUCUCCCCGCAGAGCGUAGGAGCAACGACCGCAGGCUGAGAACCGGACAGACUGCAGCGUAAAGAGGGAAUAACACCCGGGAAUAUCAUGUCUUCUAAAGCCAUGGAGUGCAUGAUGCUGGCGGAGGAGCAGACCAAAGUUCUGGAGGACAGUUUCACUAAAGUCACCAGACAUCCGGACGGGACCACGCUCAUGCUGAUCGCAGCCGAGUGCGGGCUGUCAGAGGAGGACACACAAAAAUGGUUCAAGCUACGCAACGCACAGUGGAGGAAGGCGGAGGGUCUUCCGUCUGAACUCGGAUCAGUGUUGGACUGAUACCGAAGAAGGAGAAGAAGAAGCUCUGCGCUGACUUUGUUGCUCCUGGACAAAAAUGCCCCCUCCACCUUUUCCUCAUACCCUUCCCCUCUGUGUCAUUCGUUCUUGUUUUGUAUCUAUUAAGCUAUUUUAACUUACGGAAUGUGAAGGUGUUUGUGUGCCAAUAUAACCGCCAUGUUUACAGAAAUAAACAUAUUGUUAUUAUUAUAAGUUAAAA